CCGUCAAUCAAAAUAGAAAAAAAUCGACCCGAAUUCACCGAUCAACACUAGCCCGCCUUUGAUAAAAUAAUCAUGUUUGGAGUUUAGUUUAUGAGAUAAUCCUCCCGGUUACUACCAUUUACGCUAUGACUGGUACCUAAACAUUUAGCGCAUCGAAGCGUGCAACUAAUCGCGCCACAGCAGAGCAGCCUCUGAAACAAGGAGAAAUGGCGUCCGCGGACGUGGACAGCAGUCAAAGCGAGUUUCUGCAACCCGGCGGCGCAGCGGAAACACAGACAACAGACAUGUCAGCCAUUCAGCUGACUGGUUCCGACCGAUGGGAGGUGUUAACUCCUGUCUCAACUGGGAAGGAAGACCAGGGAAUCGUUCACAUUCCAAACUCGGGGAUUGUUACGUCCAACGGGCAGUACAUGCUUCCUAUUGGGAGUCUCCCCAGCCAGCCCAUUUAUGUUACAGCAUCUGGGAAUGAGGCUGCAGCCAAUGGAGUGUCAGGCAUUCACUAUCAGGUCAUCCCCCAAAUCCAAAAUGCAGAUGGGACACUUGCAGGUUUCACCCAGGGAUUGGAUGAUGGCACGGGGCAGAUCCAUCUCCUCCAAGAUGGCGGCCAGGGCAGCAUUGGAAUCAGCUGUGCCACAACAGCGACCACAGACCUCCUGACGCAGGCGGGGCAUGUACAGUCAAUCCAAGGCCUCCCGCUGGCUGGGGGGUCAGCAUACACUAAUACAGUGGGGCUGCCCGGCAACAUAACAUUCGUCCCUAUAAACAGUGUGGAUCUGGAGUCUCUAGGGCUGACUGGAGCACAUACGGUCCCCAUUGCAACAGGGGUAACACCCGAAGGUCAGCUGAUCAUGGGCGGCCAGACGCUGGACAAUCAGGGUCAGGACACUGGCGUCAAGCAGCCGCUGGUGACAGUGAGCAGCGCCAACCAAGAACUCUACGUGCCAACCACCACUUCCUCCUCCAACCCCUCCCAUCUUCCGGAGACCAUCGAUGGCACCGGGGUUCUGACCCAAGCAACCGCCGUGUCUGCAGGCGUGUCCGACCCCUCCUCAGAGAACUUCAACUCCCAAAACCACCUGCAGCAAAUCCAGCAGGUCUCAUCCUCUAAUGCCACCACUAUAUCGCAGCCCAUCCUGCAGCUGUCUGGGGACAGCCAGGCUCAGGGUCAGGACCUAAAUGCAGCAGGUCAGACUCUGCAGAGUGUGCAACUGGUCAACCCAGGGACCUUCCUCAUCCAGGCCCAAACUGUCACCGCUACUGGGCAGAUCCAGUGGCAGACCUUCCAGGUCCAGGGUGUCCAGUCACUCCAGGGGCUCCAGUUGCCCCAGGGGCAGGGGCAGGCCCAGCAGCUGACCUUAGCCCCGGUCCAUACUCUCCCUCUGGGCCAGACAGGCCAGGUCAGCCUGCCCAACCUCCAGACAGUCACAGUGAACUCUGUAGCACAAGGUGGAGUUCAGUACACACAGGGAGAGGACCAAAACAGUCCAAUUGGUAUCCAGAUCAAGGAGGAGCCGGACUCUGAGGAGUGGCAGCUUAGUGGAAACUCCACGCUCAACCCCAGCGAUCUGAACAACCUGCGUGUUCCGAUGGGAGAUGAGGAAAUGGAGAUGGCGGGCGGGGAGGGCAAGAGGCUCCGCAGAGUAGCCUGCACCUGCCCCAACUGCAAAGAGUCUGGAGGAAGAGGUUCAGGCAUGGGGAAGAAGAAGCAACAUAUCUGCCACAUUGCAGGCUGCGGGAAGGUUUACGGGAAGACGUCUCAUCUUCGAGCUCAUUUGCGCUGGCACAGUGGAGAGAGACCCUUCGUCUGCAACUGGAUGUUCUGCGGAAAGAGGUUCACCAGGAGCGACGAGCUGCAGAGACACAGGAGGACACACACAGGAGAGAAGAAGUUUGUGUGCAUAGAGUGCUCCAAGAGGUUCAUGAGGAGCGACCACCUGGCCAAGCACAUAAAGACUCACCAGAAUAAAAAAGGCGGGGUACCCUCCACGUCUCCGCCCACCGCCGAAGCAGUCAUCACCGCCGACGGAACCACGCUCAUCCUCCAGACCGCCAACCACGACCUCUUAGCCAAUCAGGAGAUCCCUUUGCAGCUGGUCACCGUGGCGUCCGGUGAGGCUAUGGAAUGAGGGGGUGAAUGGGGCGAGUUUUUUUUUUUUUUUUUUGUUGAGAACUAGCCUAUCACAGGGACCUCUUGGGCUUUCUCUUUCCUCUCUUAACUUGUUUUUUACAUAUGAAUAUAUACGUAAAUAUAUAUGACAAAUAUAUAUAUUUUA